UAUACGGUCUCGGACAUAAUAAAGUAUUGGCCGGGCAUGGGCUUUAGUGGGCUUCGUCGGAUUUUCAUUGCUAGGGAUACAUAGUGGCACGUUCAUUUGCCACAAGGUCUUACACUGUUUACGCGCUGUAAUUUAUGUCCCACUCUAUGAUUUUAUUCGCAACGCGCAGUUGAUAACAGAGCUCCUUGUAAUCCGUUCAGCAUGUCCCUCUCAAGCAAGCCGUCAAGCUCCGUCGAAGACGACUUGAGGGCCAUGGUGGACUGCGAUGAAUCUGUGGAUGACGACAGAACUCUGGGACCAAAGAAGGAUGAAAUUCUGAAAAGAGCACAGGACUGGCAAAGUGUGCCACCAGAGUUGGUAAGAACUUUCACCAAAGGUCGCAAGUCCGCCAGAUGCCAACGGCGCGUCCCAAACGUAUGGAGCUUCCCGAAAGCAGAGUGCUUACGCCAUCAAACAGACAGCGCGACAUGCCGAUGCGGUGUCGGAAAGGGAUUCACAUUCUUCUUAGAAAACCUGGACAACAAGGAGUUCGCUUCCAAUAUAGAUCCCGUCAACUUCUACGCUGACCCGAAGAAGCCACGAAAUCCGGCAAAGAACAUCGCCACGCUCAUUCCCGCAGAGCUUCAUGUUAAGAAGUACCAGCACACAGGCGGCCUGGAGUUGAUCCAAGACGACUACACGGUCACCGCCGAGGACCACGCCGUCCAUCAGACGAGCGUUCCCAGCCGGACGCCGGUGACCCGAGAGGAGGUCCUGCGGCUCAAAGACGUGUUCCGACGCCUGCUCCUCGAGGCCGGCAUGGGAGAACACCUCUCCCAGACCGUUCUCGAGAAGAGAACCGACUCCGAGGUCGAGAAGCUUGUGGAGUUGGUGAGGGCGGAACAGGACGUUUACAACAUCGUCUUCCACGAGAUCAUUCGCCAGGUCACGGUCGACUGCACGGAACGCGGGGAGAUCUUGUCCGAACUAAGGGACUUCUACGCCAGAUUGCUCAACCGGAUACCCCAAAUUGUCAUGUCGAUGCACGACGAGAACAUCAUACAGCGGUCCCUGGACAGACGACUCAUGGAGGAGUUGCUGCACUUCAAGAUUCGACUGGUGCAGGUGGUGCUCGGUCUGGACAAUGUGCAUCACAUCUACGAGAAGACCAAGGGCAGAAUGUGCACGGCCCAGGAGGAACUGAAGCAUGCCCUCAUUGAAGCGCAAAAGACUAGCGUGAUUUCUGAUCAGCUGCACGUCCUGUACAAGAUGCAAAAAGAACGCCAGGAGCGUGAGGCCGCCUCCUACGAAAUGCAGCGGGACUUUUGGAAAAACGCCAGCUGUGCGAUCAUCUCCAAGGUCGUCAACGUCUACAAACUUGGGCUGUUCCGGUUUCUGGCCACGGCCUUGGACACCUGGGCGCAAUUGGGUCACAAGAUCAUGGAGGGGCGAGAGACCAAGGACAACGAGCAGCUCGAAGUAAACUUCUCCUUCCUGAAGGACUGGUCCGGCAAAGUCGACGACAUCAUGGCCUUCAUGAACAUCCGCGAGCAGCGGGUGUACAACUUUGCAGACAGCAUGUGGCACAGCAUGGAUGAAGUGGCAAACCAGCUGAAGGCGGAAGUGAACCCCGACCCCGCAGAGUUUCUGGUCACUCCUUUCGAGGGUGGGAAGGCGGUGACGCUGCAUAAGGCCCUGGUGCAGUGGAGCUCCAAGUUCACGGUCGACUUAGGCCAGGUUGAUGACACCGUCGCCGGCGGCCCAAAGAUCGAGAAGUAUCUGGCGCGACUGGAGAGUGUUCGGGAGUCGUGGCGCUUCCACACCGAGUGUCACAUCCUCCUGGCGAUUCGCGACGACAACUUCCAGACCAAGGUGGGCGCCAACUUUCGCGAGCUGCUCGCCAUGAUGAAGGCGGCCCACCCACUGUUGGACGGGGCCUUCUACGCCGGCAUCGACCCGGCCAUCAACAAGACCGAGUUGGGCGUGCGCAUGUGGGCCAAGCGCAACAUCCGCGUUGGCGACCUCAGCCGCCUGCAGACGGACCUCGCCACGUGGUCCAUGAGCCUGCAGCGCUCCUGCGACGCCAACGGCUACAUGCUCUGGCAGAACAGCAAUACCACGUACAAUGUGGUGCGCGAGAAGCUAACGCAGCAGGUCGACCAGUACCGCGGCAGCGUCAUCCAGUGCCUCACCGACUCGGUGCACGAGCGCAAGCUGGAGCUGGCCCUCAUCCGCGACCUCGUGACGCAGUGGACUGUGGAGUGCCUAACGCUGGCGGCGCCGUACCACCCGACCGUGCCCGAGGAGGCGCGCCGUCUGAUCGAGCAGACCGUGUCGGACGUGCGCGCGCUCGGCGUCCGUCAGCAGGAGAUCAGCAGCCGACUGCGUACCGCCACCGACCACAUGGAGCGCUCGUGGGAGAUGGUGCAGCAGCAGGGCGGCUGCGCGUACGACAGCGCCGGCAUCGACGCCGACACCCUGGCCGACAUGUUCCGCGCCGAGUGCGACACCUGGUGCCAGCUGUCCGACACGUGCAUGCAGAAGCUGAAGAGCGGGGAGAUGUUCGAGUCGGACGUCACCACCAGGGACGUCGAUGUCCAGACGGAGACGUCGGCGGUCGACCGGGCUACCAUCACAGAACCGCUCUCCGAGUCAGUCAGCUGCGACUGGUCAUGGCUCUCGGUCGGCGAAGGCGUCGAAUACCCGUCCGGCUCUUCGCUCGCCAUUCGGGAUGAAUCCAGCUGCGAUGCCAUGGCGCCCGCGCCCUCCCCGGCGGCGGACUCCGCCAGCGGGCGGAUACCGCGCCUCUCGCUCGACACGUCCUGCGUGACGGGCUUCACAGCCGCGCCGCCGGCAGCGCGGAGGCGGCGGAGCUCCUUCGCGGCGGCGAGAGGCCGAAAAGCAAGUCUCGCGACGCCUAGCUCCUCCAAGCGCCUCAGUCUGGAGUCGGCAGUCGACGGGUCCCGUGCUCCAGUGGGCGGCGCUUCAGCCAGGCGACCCAGCGUCGGCUCGACAAGUGGCAGGUCUCGGGCCAAGCUCGCGCAGAGCUCCUCCAAACGUCUGAGUCCUCGCUCUUCGACCAGCAGGCGGUCGCAGGCAAGGCUAGCAGCCAGCUCUUCCAAACGCCUAAGCCCUCGCUCUUCGACCAGCGAGAGGUCACAGGCAAGGCUAGCAGCCAGCUCUUCCAAACGCCUAAGUCCUCGCUCCUCGACCAGCGAGCGGUCGGAGGCAAGGAUAGCAGCCAGCUCUUCCAAACGCCUAAGCCCUCGCUCCUCGACCAGCGAGCGGUCGGAGGCAAGGAUAGCAGCCAGCUCUUCCAAACGCCUAAGUCCCCGCUCCUCGACCAGCAGGCGGUCGCAGGCCAGACCGAGGCGCCGCUCGACCGCAGGCGGCAGCUCCCAGGGCCGACUGUCGCCCGGCUCCGCGACCACCUUCAGCGGCCAGCUGUUCAAGGUCACCUUCCCCGACUUCAUGAUCGAGAUGUUCGCGCGCGAAAUGCGCGAGUCCAACACCGGCGAGAUGGUGGUGGCGACGGAUGAGGAGCGCGAGCGCAUGACAGCCCUGCAGCUACACAUAGAGCAGGUGGCCGAGCUGCAGCAGCGGCUCGGCAAGCAACAGUGUCACGUGCAGAAUCUGCAGGCGCAUCUAGCCGGCGCCAAGGACGAGAUUCAACAGCUGACGCACCAGCUCAACGCAGCCAGCAUCAAGCUGCGCAACGCCAACGUCAAGCUGCAGCUGCUGGAGAAUCGGAGUCCACCCCGGAGCUCCAGCAGCCACGAGCGAGCCGUCAUCUGUGAUAUAGAGGUCGCGCUCACCCGACUCAAGGAGCAGGGCCCCACGCACAGCGCCGGCUGA